CCAAAAAGAACUCUCUUUUCCAAAGCAAAAAGUGGUUGUGGUUGUAGUUGUAGUUGUAGUGUAUAUAUACUACUAUGCGCAAAGAAGCAGAGAGCGCGCGCAGAAAUGGAAUUGGACGAUGAUGAGUGGGAGUUGAGUGCGGAAGAAAUGGAUUCCCUUGAAAGAGACGCCUUCGAGAAGAUCGCUCAACUGCAACGCCACAAUCCCUAUUCUUCUUCUUCUUCCACUGCUCCCCUCACGUGUUCUUACUAUAACAACAAUAAACAACCAGCAGCAGCACCACCACAACAACAAGAACAGAAACAGCGGUCUUUGCCUUCCAAACCCACUACUGAUUCUUCGUCUAAGAAGGUUGAAGCUUUGUGUCCUGGGUCCAGGGCAUUGCCCUCAUCAAUCACAACCAAAGUGAACAAUGAUGAACCAUCAGUAGGACUACCCAAGCUAUCUGUCAAAUUUUUUCUUCAUGCCUGCGGAAACAUUGCUUCAAAAUUCUCGUAUGACCAGGUACUAGUAGCUGCUUUUCGCAAAAUCCCCAACGCUACUUGGAAUGCAAAAGAAAGGGUGUGGAUGUUCCCGAUAUCUUCCUUGUCAUUGGCAGAAAAAGUCCUUGGUCAGAUAUCUGGUUACAAUGUUGAGGUGGAGAACAUAGAUCCCUUGGUGCAUCGUGCUAUUGCCGCUGCCUCUGGUCUUCCGGAUCUUCGAGACCGAUAUGACAGGAUGCCUAGCCAUGUUGAAUCUAAGCUUUUGCCUUUUCAGCGUGAUGGGGUUAGGUUUGUCUUGCAGCAUGGAGGGCGUGUUCUCCUAGCAGAUGAAAUGGGACUGGGAAAGACUUUGCAGGCUAUUGCUGUAAGUGCAUGCAUCCGUGACUCAUGGCCUGUUCUUAUUCUUACGCCUUCUUCCUUACGUCUGCAUUGGGCUUCAAUGAUUCAGCAAUGGCUCGACAUUCCUCCAUCAGAUAUACUUGUUGUGCUAUCUCAAUGUGGUGGAUCAAACAGAGCUGGGUAUACAGUAGUAUCGUCAAAUUCCAAGGGCAGCAUUCAUCUUGAUGGCCUAUUCAACAUCAUCUCCUAUGACGUAGUCCCUAAGCUACAGAAUCUACUAAUGGCAUUGGAGUUUAAGGUUGUGAUUGCAGAUGAGUCGCACUUUCUGAAAAAUGCUCAAGCAAAGAGGACAACUGCUUCCCUUCCAGUCAUAAAGAAAGCUCAACAUGCAAUAUUACUUAGUGGAACUCCUGCUUUAUCCCGACCAAUUGAGCUUUUCAAGCAGCUGGAAGCAUUGUAUCCUGAUGUAUAUAAGAAUGUUCAUGAAUAUGGUAACCGAUAUUGCAAGGGUGGAAUUUUUGGAGUAUAUCAAGGUGCAAGUAACCAUGAAGAAUUGCACAAUUUGAUGAAGGCAACAGUGAUGAUCAGAAGACUUAAAAAAGAUGUUCUUUCUGAGCUUCCUGUGAAGCGCAGGCAACAGGUCUUCCUAGAUUUGGCUGAAAAGGAUAUGAAACAAAUCAAUGCUCUAUUUCGUGAGUUGGAGGUGGUGAAAGGAAAAAUUAAAGCCUGCAAAUCUCAAGAGGAAGUUGAAUCACUUAAAUUCACUGAGAAGAAUCUUAUUAACAAGAUAUAUACUGAUUCUGCUGAAGCCAAGAUCCCCGCAGUUCUAGAUUACCUGGGAACUGUCAUUGAGGCAGGCUGCAAGUUUCUUAUAUUUGCACACCAUAAGCCGAUGAUUGACUCUAUAUAUCAGUUUCUUCUUAAAAAGAAAGUGGGUUGCAUUCGAAUUGACGGCAGCACCCCUGCAGCAUCAAGGCAAGCUUUGGUUACAGAUUUUCAGGAGAAAGAUGCUAUCAAGGCAGCAGUACUAUCUAUCAGAGCUGGAGGUGUUGGGUUAACUUUAACAGCUGCAAGCACUGUUAUUUUUGCAGAGUUGUCUUGGACUCCAGGUGAUCUGAUUCAAGCUGAAGAUCGUGCUCAUAGAAUUGGCCAGGUGUCUUCAGUCAAUAUAUACUACCUGCUAGCAAAUGACACAGUUGAUGACAUCAUUUGGGAUGUUGUUCAGAGCAAAUUGGAAAACUUAGGACAGGUGCUUGAUGGCCAUGAGAAUACCUUGGAAGUUUCAUCCAGCCAGCCAAGAAGCAGCCCCGCAAAGCAGAAAACACUUGACUCUUUCAUGCCAAGUAGCAGCCCCGCAAAGCAGAAAACACUCGACUCUUUCAUGCCAAGAAGCAGCCCCGCAAAGCAGAAAACACUCGACUCUUUCAUGAAGCGCUGUAAAAACGUGGAUGACUUGGAACAUCAGUCCAAGCUCAAAUAUCCCCGGCACUGAGCCACGCACCCACAUAUACAAAUGUACAGGCACACCCAAAUUGUCCUUUUGACACGGCAGAGGUAUGCGGUAGUAUUUUUCUCAUUUCAAGGCGUGUCCUCUAAUCCCUCCAUUCUGCAGUUGGGGUUUGGCUCCCACCACUUUAAGGGAAGAGGAACCCUCAAAUUAGAGUUAGGAAUUUGUAACUAGAUCCAUUGGAACUGAGAGGCAUGUAGAUUUAUUUAAUAUAAGCCUCUUCCCGUAAAUCAGAUGCUGCUGGAAAACAUCCAAGAGAUCAGAUGGUUUAGCUUGCCAUCCAAUAGUUUUGCUUGUCCACUACGUGGGGGCAAUUGUAUCCAGGGCUUUUUCUUUCUGUCAUUUUUGUUGUAACAUAAACAGCAAAUUUUAAUACGAAUAGACAGGUAUUGUUGAUGUUCACAUUGCUAUAUUUAGUGGCCAAUUUGCAGAGUAUUGUUGUGAA